AUGUCUGGCGGAAAGGGCAAAUCUCAUGGCGGCAAGGCAGGCCCCAAGGAAGCCGCUGGCAAAAGCCAGAAGUCUCACAGCGCGAAGGCUGGCUUGCAGUUCCCUUGCGGUCGUGUAAAGAGAUUUCUCAAGAACAACACCCAGAACAAGAUGCGGGUUGGCGCAAAGGCUGCUGUCUACGUCACUGCUGUCCUCGAGUACCUGACCGCUGAAGUGCUCGAACUGGCAGGUAAUGCUGCCAAGGACCUCAAAGUCAAGCGUAUCACGCCGCGCCAUCUUCAACUCGCCAUUCGCGGUGACGAAGAGCUCGACACUUUGAUUCGCGCCACCAUCGCUUUCGGUGGUGUACUACCACACAUCAACAGAGCUUUGCUUCUCAAGGUUGAGCAGAAGAAGAAGAGCAAGGCCAUCGAGGCUUAG